CCUGAGGGGAGCAGCCGCUCGGCCGGGCCGAGGCUGGCAGCGCGGCCGCGAUGGAGCCUUCGCUGCGCGCCAGCGCGCCCUGACAGGAAGAUCCAGUAAUACCUUUUUUGCUACUUUUAAAAGUUCUUAAGGUUUCUCUUGAUUUGGACACACCAUUGGAAACUACUUCUGUGGGAAAGAAUGGGCUGCCGUGAUGUCCACGCAGCAACAGUUCUGGCCUUCCUCAGUGGAACAGCCUCAGUAGCUGGACUCCUUGCAGCAGUUCUGCUUCCAAACUGGAGGCAAAUGAGACUGUACACAUACAACAAGAAUGAGAGGAAUGUGACUGUUUACACUGGACUCUGGAUUAAGUGCGCUCGCUUUGACGGGAGCAGAGACUGUGUGAUCUACGACCCGCAGUGGUACACUGCUGUCGAUCAGCUGGAUUUGCGUGUUCUUCAGUUUACCCUUCCACUGAGUAUGUUUACUGCUGUCUCAGCUCUGUUUCUCUGCCUGAUUGGCAUGUGUAACACAGCCUUUGUAUCCACCGUGCCGAAUGUCAAGUUGGCCAAAUGCCUUGUGAACAGCGCAGGCUGCCAUCUCGUGGCUGGCCUCUUGUUCCUGCUUGCCUGUGCCAUUUGUCUCACUCCCUCAGUCUGGGUCAUUUUUUAUAACAAUUAUCUGAACAGAAAAUAUGAACCUAUCUUUAGUUUCGACAUCUCUGUAUUUAUUGCCAUUGCCAGUGCUGGUGGUCUGUUUUUCACUUCCGUCCUGCUGUUUCUGUGGUACUGUGCAUGUAAGAGCCUACCUUCUCCUUUCUGGCAUCCCCUCUAUUCCCACGCCCCUAGCAUGCACAGCUAUGCCUCUCAGCCCUAUUCUGCACGCUCCCGCCUCUCUGCCAUGGAAAUUGACAUUCCUGUUGUGACACAUGCAUCUUAAGAAGACAGUCUUGGAAGCCAAGUUCUUGUGCUCGUUCAGACCGUGAAAAUUGCAGGCUUGAUUCUCUCUGCUGCCUUGCACUGAGCUUAAUCAUCUGUAAGGUCAAGUUUCCCAAGGUGCAAAGCAAUGGAGACCUGAGUUCAGCAAGUCUGUUGCUGUUCUCAUAUGUUACUUUCUGAGCAACCUUUUUUUUUAAACUGAACUUACUGCAGACAAAAUUGCUGCUAGUCCUGGGACAGUACACUAACUAUAGUAUCCACUCAUCCUUUUGCUUACUGAGAUAAAAGCAGGUUUGAACCCCUUUUCUAUUUAAUAAGCUAAUACUAGAUUCUGAUCCCAUUAUAAGAGCUACAUAGGUGGAUGCUUGCACUCCGUGCAUUAUGCAAAUGCAGGCAGUGGAACUGGGUGCAGGGGGGUCAAUGAGUUUUUGUUCGUAUAGAUACAUAUUUUAAGAUGUGAUGUCUGAAAAGGGUAUUUGGCAGACUAAUUCAGUUCUGUAGCACUGUUCAUUGUUUACCAUUGCAUACACAACAAGCUUCUUACCUUCUAUGAUAGAAUUAGUGCCAAAUUACCCUUUAUUUUGAAAUAAUUAUGAGAAAAAACCCAACUUAUUUAACUAUAAUGUUCUUCUGUACUGUAAUAACAUUUUGUGCAUUACUGGAGACUAGAAACUUUUGUGAAUUUUAUUUCUAGUCUGUUUUUAAUAAGUUAGCAAAUUUAUUGGAUCUAUUUUGUGAUUAAAACAAAAAACACUUGAAUUUAGAAAUUCCAUUUAGAAGCUUGAAUGUUUUAGUUGAAGGUCAUCUUGAACAUGGAUUUUUCAAGUAGGCUUUUAAGUGUUACUCGUUUCUGGAGAAAAAUGUCACUGCAAAAUGGACUAGGAAAACCAUGAAUAAUUCUGAAGGCUAGGAAAGACUAUUUUGGAACACCAUACACAAGCUAUAACAACAUCUCUCUAAGGGAUUAUAAACGUGGGGAGAGAUUUUAAAAUCUAGAUUGUUGGGUUUUUAAAAAUGUAUGUACAGGUAACAAUGAUCUUGAGAUGGCAUUCAAGCUUUUCAGAGUUGAUCUUGAGAUGGCUAGUGGACUUUUCAUGCUGUAGUUUAUUGAAUUACUGAUUAAGACUUAACCUUCUCAGCCUUGUUUUUCAACACUGUUCAAGUUGAACUGGAGCUGCUUUAAAAUCCAGUAUUUCCUAUACUGUAACCUUAAAACUGGAUAAAGUUUCCCAUUCCUUUUUUCUUUAAGAUGACAUUUUGAAUAACUUGUGAGCUUCACAAGGAUGAGGAGGGAUUAUAAAUUCCCAGCCUGAGGUGUCUUAAAAUAAUUUUUUUCCUCCUAAAGUACAGGUCAUCUCUGAGGAUCAAAGGUUUUCAAUAUGGGCUUUGAAAUUACGUGGAAAUUUGGUAACAGUGAGUUGAAGAGUGUUACAAUUAAGGCAAGUAUUUGAUUUGCUCAGAUUUUGCCAAAUUGAGAUCUUGUUUUCAGAUGUCACUCCAGUAAGGGAAGUUAGUUUGAUUGGUGGCAUUCUGGAGCUCAGUGAAUAUUUGUAUUUGAUUAAUCCCAGAACAAAUUUGCCCAGAACAAAUGAGCUUUGCUAAAAAAAUCAAAAAGAGUUCCUUAAUUCCAGUUCUGCAAACUCAUCUGACAUCCUGAAAGUCAGUUUAUUUUCUUUUCCAUGCAUUGGAAGUGGGAACAAAUGCUGUGCUGGGCAUAUCUUGUUCUGUUGCAAUAACCUGUGCAAUAACCUGUGUGAUGACUGUAUAUGAAGAGGAGUAAUUUUGCCUUUACUGGUAGGCCUUGGACGUUAGUGGACUAGGUGAGGAAGCUGAUCUCUGUCAUGAAACCCCAGCAUUGUCAGUAAUGUGACAGGCCUUUCAGGUGGAGUGCUUGAUUAAAUUGCAGUCUAAGGAAUUAACACUAGGUGAUAAAGAACACUUAAGGAGGUAGUUCUCUAAAAGUUACAUUAUUUUAAUACUCUCUUAGGUUUACAAGUUAUGAUGUUAGAUGAACUAUCUUUUAUGGGAGUAGAACAUGUAUAACAUGCGAGCCAGCUUUUUUUUUUUUUUUACCUCAAAAUUGAACUUCACUUUACAUUACUCUGGUUGUCCUAUCUUAGAUGCUGUUUCAGCUGCCCAUAUCCUUAGAUGCUUUAUCAGGUCAAAGCAGAGGUUCCGCUGGUUUGUAAUUUCAUGUCCGCUUGCUUCCUCAUCGCUCCAGUGUCUUUUCUUCAUUGUGCCUUGCUUAAGCUGUGAGUUGGCCAGUAAAUGUUAGUUUACAGUCAGUGUCUGGUAUGCUUUAUAAGCCUGAAUUUACAAAGCAUUUUGAUAAUUUUGGAGGGAUGAUGAAUACAUCUCUCGGUGACUUUAAAAGAAGCUGAGUCUUCAACAUCUCCAGAGCAAGAAAGGCAGCCUGGGAAACUCAUGUUUUCUACAAGAGAGUAAAUGCAGCCAGUGUUUUGUUCUCUACACUUUAAAUAGCAGGUGUCUCUGACAGCUUCUUUGUAUUCCGACUUUGAUUUUUAUACACUAAACAUUCAAUUAGUAUUUGCUGCUGCCUUAGCUGGUAACUUGUUGCUUUUAAAAUUGUCUUUUUAAAAGUCUGAGAUGGAUCUGAGUUAUGCAAAGUGGGGAUCCAAAAGUUAAGUGGAUUGCAGCAAAGGUUUCACUUAAAGUCAUCUUAUGAAACAGACUGUUGCAUCAUGUUGUAUCACCGCAGCACAGCUGGGUUUCUUUCAGCAGUGCUGUUAGUGUGAGUUUCUGCUGGACCUGAAGGGAAGUUAACUGGAAGUGCUGAGCUAUAUCUCUCCUUUACAGAAGAGGUGGCCAACCUGUGACAUUUAAGCCGAGUGCCACUCCAGCAUUUCUCUUGCUGAGGUUACCAUCAUGCCCAGCUGCAGGACUGGGCAGUGACAGGCCACCCUGGAUUUGGGGAGAAUGCAGGUAUCCAGCAUGUAUCUGCCAGGGAGCAGCUGCUGUGGAGUGGUUAGUGCUCCUCCCUCUGACCAGCUGCCCCCUCCUGGGCACUUCCCUGUGUUCAGGACAGGCCCUCUGGGUCUUCACCAUAGGAAGAUUUUAAUUUGUGGCUCAUGCAAUCAAAGGUUGGAUGCUCUGGGGUUACAGGAAUCUGUAUUUUUUUCAAGUAAUUCCUGUCCAACUUCUUAAAUUGUGUUUAAUAACAGUGUUGGUUCUUUUUACGUGAAACAGAAGAUAUGUAUUUUUAAUAAAACAUUCUCAUACAGA